AUGUCCGCACCGCAAGAUACCAUCCCGCCCAAUGGGGAGGGGCUCGAUCAAGCUAUGGACAGCCUCAAGCUUGAUGGCGACUCUGGUCUUGGCCCAGAUGGUCAACCAGCACCUAAAACUGAUGAAGAGUAUGCAGCGGCGAACCUCACGCUCCGCGCCAUCGUCUCAUCUAAGGAGGCCGGUGUCAUUAUUGGCAAAGGCGGCAAGAACGUUGCAGAUCUGCGCGACGAGACUGGUGUCAAGGCAGGGGUCAGCAAGGUCGUACAAGGCGUACAUGACCGUGUCUUGACCAUCACGGGUGGAUGCGACGCUAUCUCGAGAGCCUACGCCAUUGUAGCCCGCGCGUUGCUCGAGGGCGCACCGUCCAUGGGCAUGGGCGGCGUCAUUCAGAACAACGGCACACAUCCUAUCAAGCUUCUCAUCUCGCAUAACCAGAUGGGCACAAUCAUUGGCAGACAGGGUCUCAAGAUCAAGCACAUCCAGGACACAUCCGGCGUUCGCAUGGUCGCGCAGAAGGAGAUGUUACCGCAAUCGACCGAGCGUAUUGUCGAGGUCCAGGGAACACCAGAAGGCAUCCAGCGAGCCAUCUGGGAAAUCUGCAAGUGUCUUAUCGAUGAUUGGCAGCGCGGCACUGGCACCGUGCUGUACAAUCCUGUUGUCCGAACCCAACCUGGGGGUGCGGGGUCUCUGGGUGGUGCUGCAGGUGCUUCUCCAGCUGCUGGCGGCGCUCUCGGCGGGGUAGGAGGAGGCUAUGGUGCUCCCAGCAGAGAGUACGCGAGUCCUCGUGUAACGCGAACAGGAAACGGCGCCGAUUUCAGCAAUGGCGGAUCGCGGCCCUACCGCCGCUCCAACUCUGACGCAGCUCCCCGUGACCACACAGGCCCUCCAACUCACGAUGAGAACGGAGAGGAGAUCCAGACGCAGAACAUCAGUAUUCCCGCAGACAUGGUUGGUUGCAUUAUUGGACGCGCUGGAAGCAAGAUUAGCGAGAUUCGCAAGACAUCUGGAGCCCGCAUCUCGAUUGCCAAGGCGCCUCACGAUGAGACGGGCGAGAGAAUGUUCACCAUUAUGGGCACGGCCAAGGCAAAUGAGUCAGCCCUAUUCCUCCUCUACGAGAACCUUGAGGCCGAGAAGAUGCGACGCAGCCAGGCGCAGGCGCAGGAGUAG